CAAAAGGACCAAUUUGUGGCAGUCGAAUAUUUGAAAACAAAGUAAUUCGCCAAAUAUCUGAGCAUUCGUGUCGAAAAAUAUGACACGCAUUCAAGCUAGCGAUACGUUAAUACCGCGUCAGGUAUUUGAGGUGCCAAUAGAGGCGGGCAGUGAUAAAAAAGCACGUGACCGGAGCAAUUCCGCCACAGAUACCUCCAGUCAGAGUUCGGGAGUAAAGCUCAAGAAACAAAUCGGAUUGCUCGAUGGCGUCGCAAUCAUCGUUGGUGUCAUCGUGGGUGCCGGCAUUUUCGUUAGCCCCAAAGGUGUGCUCAUGUUCUCCGGCUCAAUUGGACAGUCGCUCAUCGUGUGGGUGCUCUGUGGAGUUCUCAGCAUGGUGGGUGCCCUAUGCUACGCCGAAUUGGGUACCAUGAUACCGAAAUCAGGAGGUGACUACGCCUAUAUUGGCACUGCAUUUGGGCCAUUGCCUGCGUUUCUGUAUCUGUGGGUAGCGCUGCUCAUACUUGUGCCCACCGGCAAUGCCAUCACAGCGCUAACAUUCGCCCAGUAUCUGCUGAAACCAUUUUGGCCCUCAUGCGAAGCACCUAUAGAGGCUGUUCAGCUGUUGGCCGCUGCUAUGAUCUGUGUCCUGACUGUCAUCAACUGCUACAACGUGAAAUGGGUCACUCGGGUAACGGACAUAUUCACAGGUACAAAGGUGGUUGCGCUCAUGGUAAUUGUGGGUGCUGGCGUGUGGUACUUGGCGGGUGGCAACACAGACUACUGGGAUCAGCCGUUUAGCGGAGGACACAAAGAGCCUGGAUACAUAGCGCUGGCCUUCUACAGCGGGUUGUUUUCUUACUCGGGCUGGAACUACUUGAACUUCGUUACAGAGGAAUUGAAAGAUCCGUACCGUAAUUUACCGCGUGCCAUUUGCAUAUCGAUGCCGGUUGUCACGAUCAUUUAUAUGGUGACUAACGUAGCAUACUUUUCGGUGCUUUCCACUGAUGAAAUACUAACAUCUGAUGCCGUAGCCGUGACUUUCGGCGACAAAAUGCUGGGCUUCCUGUCGUGGAUAAUGCCCUUUGCUGUGGCGUGCUCGACGUUUGGUUCCUUGAACGGCGCCAUCUUUGCAUCAUCUCGCUUGUUUUUUGUGGGAGCACGCAAUGGCCAUCUACCAGCGGCGAUUUCGCUAAUAAACAUUAAUUGCCUAACGCCGGUGCCAUCAUUAAUAUUUCUGUGUCUAAUUACGCUGAUGUUGCUGUUCAUAAAGGACACAUAUGUGCUCAUCAACUACGUUAGCUAUGUGGAAGCACUCUUCACGCUCGUCUCUGUGUCUGGCUUACUCUGGUUGCGGUUUAAGCAACCCAAGGCGGAACGACCCAUACGCGUCAAUCUAUCACUACCCAUCAUUUAUCUUAUUGUCUGCCUGUUCCUGGUCAUCGCAUCCUGUACGCAGUCCCCCACCGAGGUGAGCGUCGGCACUGUGAUCAUACUUUCCGGCAUUCCCGUCUACUAUUUGACCAUACAUAAUCCGGUUCAAUGGUUGGCCGACACCUCUCAAACUAUAAAUAUGUGGUGCUCCAAAUUCUUCAUCUGUAUGCCAAAUCAGGAUAAGUUCGACUAAGAUUCAAUUAAUAUUAUUAGGGCUAAUCAAGUGCCUUCUCUGUAGGAAUCAAUGAUCAAUGAAUAAUUCGCCUGCUAAGCAAUUAUUAUAGGUACCUCAUAGGCUCGGCAAGCUUUUCCAAAUACCAUUUUUGUAAAUAUCUUAUAAUUCUCAAAGAAGUCAAU